AUGGCGUACAUGGCUCAGAGAUCGAGACUCGAGGCCAAAUUGGCAGAGCGAGUCACGCUAUACAAAGAGAUGUACUACAAAGUACAGAACCUCGAAGAGUUUCCUGAGGUUCUAUCGACAGCUAAAGAGAUGCUCCUAGAAUUUUUGGAAUGCGGCUUUUCAAUGGCGACAUACAAGCAACCGACCCGCAGCAUUCUUGACCUGAAGGAGUACGACCCGGUAGCACUGGACAAGUUCCUCGAGGCCGAACGUCAAGAGGUCUCUGAUGGAUUCGAGUCGUAUGUCAGGAAAAGAUCAGUUGGGUCCCCUCGAGAGCUGUUCAAUACCAAAGAGGACGCGAUCCAAUGGCUGAAGCGUCUUGCUCCCCUGAAUUUUAUCGACGGAGCUUGGCUAUGUCAUGUUCACAAAAUCACGACACCAUUUGCGCUCAGAUAUAUUACCAAAAAUGCUUGGCAGGUGUUUUCCGAGGAACUAGGCGAUGGAGAUGUUGAGAAAAACCAUGUAUUGAUUUAUAGAGAUCUGCUAAGGAAGCAUGGCGUUGAUCUCCCGGCAAGCGACUCGAUCGAUUUCAUCCAAGAACGCCAUGGACUGAACGAUGAGCAAGUGUGGAGGAAUUCAAUUGGACAAUUGCUCAUUUCCCUUUUCCCCAACGAGUUUCUGCCUGAGAUCCUGGGUCUAAACCUACAUUUCGAGGCAUUGGCGCCUACUGGGUUGAAAGCAACCAAAGAGCUCCCAGAAGUUGGCAUCUCGGCGUAUUACUUUGCCUUGCAUAUAUCAAUCGAUAAUGCCGAUUCGGGACACUCGGGCAUGGCACUGGCCAACAUCGUCGCUUUCAUGGAUCUCAUGAGCAAGACUGGCUUGAUGGACUGCAAGCAGGCGUGGAAGCGUAUUCAGGCUGGAUAUUUGCUAUCGCAAAGCCUUGACGACAGUGAGACGCCGGAUGUAUAUGAAGAGAAAUUGAUUCAGAUACUACAUAGGAAGGCAAAUCUUGCACGCAAGAUCCACUGCACCAGUCGAGCUCGCAUCGGCGGAAAAAGUUUAACUGAAUGGUUCUCGUCGCCCUUCAAUGACAACGAGAAAGGUGACGAGUGGAAAUACGGAUUUCUACACGCUUUGGCUGACUCGAGACCGUGGGUUUACAGAGGCAAUAGCAGUAAGAGUCUGCUUAUGAAAGAGCUCUCCUGGACUGGUAGGAUGUUUGGUGCAUUCACUGAUAGUGAAGUCCAACUUCUACGCACCUGGAUUGAUUCUCUCCAGGAAAAGGAUGCUUGCCCAGGAGACGCUUACUGGAAGAUUGUGGGAGGGCACUCGACUUUGGAAAGCUCAUUUCUGCCCCCACGGCAGGAUGUGGCUGUUACCCAUCCAGUCUUCUCUCCCCGGCAGGCAUGCCCUUCCAGCAACUCACAUGAAUUCAUUCCGUUACCGGCUUUGCAGGUCUCGCAGAUCAGACUUGAUGCUCUCAUUCCGCUAUGGUUCGUGCACCCAUGCGUGUUGGAGAACAUAGUGGUAUCACCAUAUCAGACGGCUACAACGUUGACGUCCAAGAUCCUCCAAAUUAUCCGUGCUGAGAUGGGUUAUAGCCCGGAGAACACAGGAAUUGCGGGUAUGGAUGAGCAGUUGUGUCGUGGAUACCGUCCAGAUCUCAUCGCCCUUGGAUGCAAAAUGGCUGGUAGGCACAACUUUCCCGAGCCGACGUGCCUGGGCGAUAUUAUCGGACCAUUGAAUGAAGAUUCACCGGCCGUCACGAAAUUUGCUUACUCUUUACUCAACUGGUCCAUGCGACCGCAGAAGAACGGGGCAUUCUUGCUAGGUCUGGCUCGCGCAUUUCUCGACAUGGAAAUGUUGGUAGCUGCGGACGAAUCGUUACUGGCUAAAGCGGAUAGAAGUUAUUUAUGGGAAGUCAUUGAACGAAAGAGGGUAGGCUUCGAGGCUUGUUUGGCGGAGCUCAGGGCAGAUCCUGUCAAGUCUUGUGACUUUGUUGGCGGUUACGAGCAUGGACGGGCGGAGAUUGAGAAGAUACUGGCAUGA